UGUGUGACAGAACAGCUUUCCUCACUCUUGCUCUCAGGCACUCAGUACACAACAAACACACACUCGUUAGUUUAUUUUCAGAAGGGGCACCGAGCCCCGCAGACAAAUUGGGACCAUGCUGCCCUGGAAGCGGAGCAAGUUUGUGCUGGUGGAGGAUGAUUCCAAGACCAAAGCGAAGAGCAUGAACGCUGGACUCACCUACCACUCACUGCUGUCCUCGCUGCUGAGGUCAUGUCCUGACCUGGUACCUGAGUGCCCCUUCCACUGGCUCGCCGGGGUUUUCCACAGCAAGCGGCAGAAAGUGGAGCUAAACAAGGAGGAACCAAUAUACAGCGUUCGCUACCUGGGAAGUGUAGUGACUGUAGUGGCCAAGGGUGAGGGCUGCACGCAGGAUGCUGUCGCCAAGAUCUGGGCAUCCAGCAACUAUGGUGAGCAGAGUGCCAAGAUGAAGCUGAGUGUUGGGCCACACGGCAUACGCAUGGGUUGCCGCAGGAAACCUCCACACCUCUACACUCUUAACCGUAUCACCUACUGCACAACUGACCCCUACCGGCCCAAGAUCUUGGCCUGGAUUUACCGGCACCAGGUGAAGCACAAGGCAGUGGUUCUGCGUUGCCAUGCUGUGCUGUUGGCUAAGGCAGACAAGGCUCAUGCUAUAGCUCUCAGCCUGUACCAGAACUCUAUUUCAGCCUUCAGCGAGUUUAAGAGGCUCAAGCGCCAAAGUGAUUUCCGGCAUCGCAAGCAGGAGCUGCUCGGAGAAGAUAUUAUGCCACUUAUGCCUCUAAGGAAGCUGUUGAAUGGACAAUGUCACUAUCAGCCACCAGUAGACAAGCCUGGCAAUUCCAACCGCCUUUUCUCCAUCACUGAGGAGGAUGAGGACGAGGAGGAGGUGGAGGAGGUGGAAGAGCAGGCAGACAACAGAGAAGAAAAAGCAUCUAAUACCGACCUACCAAAUUCUGAACCAGAGGAACCCCCUGAAAGAGAACUGGGAUACAUAGUUCACGGACUAGAUGGGUUUUCAAUCACAAUCAGAGAUGACGUGCACAUGACGCUCAGCACACUCGUGUGACUACAGAUGGACAUUGGACACUGUGCACUUCUUUCUUCCUUUCCUCCUUGUCCUCUUUCCUCUUUGUCCACUUUGCAGAGCUCCCCAAUUCCUGCAGAGCAUGAUCUGGUCCAUCAGCAGCAAGUUUUAAUGCUGAGUUGCAGCUGGCUUACUUAGUGAGCACUUUCUAUAUGGGUGUUUAAUAAAGUGGAACUUUGUGAAUAAACAAAAGCACAACGAGAGAGCGUGCCACGCUGCAAAGCAACCCAGUGAGGACAACCGUACAGGGACCUCAGUCUUUGGGCUACAAACCAAACAAGGACAAAACAAAGAUCUUCGAAGAGCCUUUGUGUUUUUUUUUUCACGUGACUGAUUGAAAAUACGUAAUUUUACUGGAUAAUUUUGGAAAUAUAUUAUUUGUGUAAUAUGUAAUUUUUCUACGUAACCAACUCCCUCUUCUGUGUAACUUUCCUUUCUGGCCAAAAUCUCUGUGACGGCAUUCAGCAUCUACACCAAGGCAGCAGCACUAAUGAAUUAAUCCAUGAUUUAGGAUAUCAGCCAUUGAUUUGACGGGUUUACAGCUGCCGCACAUUACAGCCCCAGAAUCGUUUACCGUAUGACCAGCAGAGACGUCAGCCAUGGCAUUUAAGGCAGGAUAUUUUAAACGUGUGCAGUUUUAUCACCGUCCCUGGUUUGCACUGUGACAUGUCUGGGACCAAUAUGAGGAAAAGAUUAAUUUGUUUCUGAAUAUGUUUCUUUCUACAUGAUACACAUUUCUAUAUAUAAACAGGUAAAUAAGCUUUACUGCUUUAAGAGGUAAUGCAUUGUUUAAAAUUGUAUGCCAACAAACACUGUCUCAUAUUCGUGUCUUUACAGUUGCUCUGUGAU